ACCUUCAACAAUUUUUCCCCAAUUGCAUUCCAUCUUCUGCUUCCCCUCAAAUCGACAUCGAUUUCUCAUCUGAAAGUUCAAAUCAAUCUCCGAUUUGUCUAAUUCGUUCUCUCCUCUUUCUAUUGAUACAUCUUUCGGCUCUAUCCGAUAGCUAAUUAUGGUGCAAAAAAGGCCUUUUGGUGAAGAGGAUCUGUAUGAGGUUUCAUCUAAGCAACCAAGGCAUGAACCCAGUUGUCAGCUAGUUUCAGUUUUGGAACUUUCUCGUAAAUCAGUAGAUGUGGAUGCUUAUGCUUCAGGUGGUGAUGAGGACAAAUCUUUGAGAAUCAUCCCUGAUGCAAACAAGAAAUUUGAUAGCCUCAUUGUGGCUGAAGUUCUUCUUUCUUCUGGGAAGGAAACUGAGAUGGGCAUUCAUGGAUCUGCUUCAAACUCUUCCUGGCCCACCAGUAGCACCAGUGAGGAAGACAACAGGCCUGAGGCUCCUUUUCACUUAUCGACAUCUCCUGAAUAUUACUAUUUUGAUCAUCCGUUCAGGGCUGCUGCUCAUCACAGGGAGAUAUAUUCUUCUCUUUUGAGUAAUGCUCAAAAGAUGGUCCCUAUUGGACCAGAUUUCCAGGCAGAGCUACCAGAAUGGACACCAUAUAGUAAUAAGGAUAAGCCAUGCAUAGAGGGUAUACAUGAAACUCUGAGUCCUCCAUCUCAAGCCGAUGAAAAUAAACUUACUGGAAGGACUAUUAUUCCAAUGCCUAAAUUGGAGCUACUUGCAGAUCAGGUUGAGAAUAUUGGAGAGAAGAGAGUUGAAUGUUCCUGUAAAGAUAUAGGUUCCAUGAGAUGUGUUCAGCUAGACAUCAUCAAAGCAAGGGAAAAACUAAAGCUAGCCCUUGGCGAGGAGACAUUUGUUAGGUUGGGUUUUUGUGACACAGGAGAGGUAGUGGCAGAAAAAUGGAGUGAAGAGGAAGAGGAACUAUUUCAUGAGGUUGUAUUGUCCAAUCAUGCAUCGCUAGGCAAUAAUUUCUGGAACCAUCUUGCAAUUGAGUUUCCUUCACGGAGGAGGGAAGAACUUGUCAGCUAUUAUUUUAAUGUCUUUAUUUUGCGAAAACGUGCUGAGCAGAACAGAUUUGAUCCACUGAACAUAGACAGUGAUAAUGAUGAGUGGCAUGACGCAGUUGAUGAUGCUGAUGAGGUAGCUAAAAUGACGGAUGAAGAUGAGGAUUCUGUGGUUGAAUCUCCAGCAUAUCAUAAUGAUUUCAGCUGCAAUGUGAUCCAUGAGGAGCAUGAUAGACGAACAUAUGAUGAGGAUGUGGGUGAAGCAAUAUGGGGAGAUUAUAAGCCUGUAAAUUUUGGUAGCCGGAAGGUCUUCACGGAUGUGCAUGAAUCAUGUCCUGGUAAGUUUGAUAACAACAGCAUUUAUAAACUUGGUACGCAGCCUCAAGACCAAGGACUAUCAAAUAAAGUGAUUGAGCAAGAAGUGCAAGGUGGCUCCUGUACCACUGAUGCAGCUGGGGUUAAUUCAGAAUCAUCACUAAGGAAGACCAACAGUGAUAAACAUUGGGCAAGCGAUAUUGCUGGUAUGGGCAGUUGCACCAAGCAUGAUAGUCUGUUGGAGUCAUGUAAUGGCAAAGAAUGGGAUGGUGGGUACUUGAGCUGUGCCAGAAAUGAAGUUGAUUUGGUACCAACCCACACUAUGAUUGAAGAAGUCUUUGGUGACGGAGCUUGGAUAUACAAGAGCCGAGAUGGUUAAGGGUUAAGCUAUAGUCU